AUGGCUGCGGCUGUUCUCUGCGGGUACAUCGUGGCAGCAGUCAGCUUCUUUUGAGAGGAAAGCCUCACCCAGCAUGUUGCAGGUCUGCUGUUCCUGAGGACAGGAAUAUUUUGCACUAUAUCUCUGUGUGCUUUUUCAGCUAGCAUAUCAUAUGACCUAAAUCACCUCUCCACAUCUGUCUAUAAUCUUCUCGACGAUGUAGAACAUGGGUACCGCUGAUCUGUAUUUUGUGUUUGGUGCAGUCUGGCAUUUACAGUAGCGGUUGGGUGUCCUUGCACAGCUUACCUGUUUGUUCGCAGGGACAACAUUAUGCAGCUGAAGUCCACCAGAGACGACUCCGUGCGACUGCCCACCUGCCACAACACCAUUCAGUGA